GUACCUUUAAUUGUUCAUUCUAAAAUCAUUAUAAUCAUUUUUUUAAAGAUUGGAUGGUUAUUAAUGCGUGUAGAUAAUUACGGGAGUCUUAUAUUGCUAAGUAACAAGAUUUGGAGUCAAGUAUGUCAGUAGCUCAACAACCCCCACCUCCUUAUGGAUAUGGACAGCCUGUUUAUGGACCACCACCCACUAGUAAUGUAGUUGUGGUAACUCAGCCUGGUGCUGGUAUGACAGCAAGACCAGGAACCUGCAGACAUUGUGGGAUUGGCUAUCCGCACAGCACAUAUUCAGUUAUGGGGAUCCUGUUGGCAAUUCUUUGCUUCCCAAUUGGCAUACUUUGCUGUUUGAUGCUUACAGAAACGCGUUGCUCACAUUGUAGAGCACUGCUGUAAACUGACUGUCUGGUGGGCAUACAGAGUCACGUUGCUCACAAUGUAGAGCGCUGCUGUAAAUUGACUGUAUGGUUACGCUGCUCUGUAUAACAUGUUUCAUGUGCAGACUUUUGUAGAUUGGAUGAUAUCAAAAAUACUUUUAUUAAUAUUCACAAGCAGUGUGACUCUUCAGAUUUAAUACAUUUGUUCAACAAUUUAAAAUUGUUGAUGUUAGUCAGUACUGUCCAUAAAUAUAAUAAAUCAAACUUCACAGAAAAGGCUGCUGUCUAUAGAAUCAGGAAAUAAAAGUGAUGCAAAAGAAAUCUGGUCUACAGUAUGACAACUACCAUGCAUAUGAUAUGUCUUUGUGUCUGAAAUCAUUCGUCCUCCACCUCUGAUAAUUCAUGUGGGGUAGUUGGCAGUUACUUGCAAAAACAUUAGAUUAGUUAAAGGUUGUCAGUCUAAUAUUUAAAAUUAGGCAGUGUUUAUAGCUGUUUUCACUUUUUUAUAUUCUGUUUGAAUUAUUUAAGGAACAAAAUGACCCAUGACAUAUUGUUAGGUCUCUAUUAAAAAUGUAUGUUUUAUUA